AUGUCGGCCGAAGAGGAGAAGCCAAAGACCAAGUCGUCGACCAAGUCUGCAUCAAAGUCCACCUCCAAGACCACCGCCGGCGAAAAGAAGAAGGUUAAGAAGAGCUCGUCGUCGAAAGAUGACGCCGGAGCCAAGACGCACAAGCUGGCUCUGAAGGGCUCUUCCAAGGUCAUUUCCGAAUUCUUCGAAUACUCGAUCCACACCAUUCUCUUUCAGCGGGGCGUCUAUCCUGCCGAAGACUUCACGGCUGUCAAGAAGUACGGUCUGACCAUGAUGGUGUCGUCCGAUGACCAGGUGAAAGCCUACAUCAAGAAGAUCAUGUCCCAGUUGAGCAAGUGGAUGCUCGGCUCCAAAAUCAACAAGCUCGUCAUCGUCAUCACUAGCCGCGAGACGGGCGAGCACGUCGAGCGCUGGCAGUUCGACGUGCAAAUCUUCAACAAGAACGCCAAGCGUACCGCCUCCGAAGCACCUGCGGCGGGCGAAGCAGACAGCGAGAAUGCCGCCGCAGAGCCGCAGCCACCAUCCAAGGAAACCCCAGAGAAAACCGAAGCUGAGAUCCAGUCCGAGAUCCAAUCGCUGUUCCGCCAGAUCACCGCGUCCGUAACCUUUUUGCCCAUGCUGGACGGGAAUUGCACCUUCAACGUUCUGGUGUAUGCCGAUGCCGAUUCCGACGUCCCCGUCGAGUGGGGCGAUUCCGAUGCCAAGGAAAUCGAGAACGGCGAGAAGGUCCAGCUGAGAAGUUUUUCGACAAGCAAUCACCGUGUCGAUACCUUAGUCAGCUACAGGCUUGCCGACUGA